AAUUCACAAUUGCUAGAUUUGCUGCUUCGCAACAUUCCAAUGGAUGAAACUACGUCGUAUCCUCCUAUUGAACCAUCCAAUUUCGACCUUAUAGUUAUCGGCACCGGCUUACCGGAAUCCAUCCUCGCCGCCGCCGCCUCCGCCGCCGGAAAAUCAGUCCUCCACUUAGACCCUAACCCUAAUUACGGGUCCCACUACGCAUCACUUACACUUAACGAAUUCACUUCAUACAUCCAAUCUCAAUCAUCGCAAUCCCCAAUUGCUGCAAUUUCACGACCCGAAAUUGAUUCGGGUUAUACCCGGGUCGGCAUUUCGACCCGGCCGGUUUACUCGUCUGUUGAGAUUAACUCUUACGGGUCGGAGCCAUUGGAGCAAUCUAGAAAGUUUAAUAUUGAUUUGAGUGGGCCUAGGGUUUUGUUAUGUGCUGAUGGUAUGAUUGAUUUGAUUUUGAAGUCUGAAGUGAAUCAGUAUAUGGAGUUUAAGGGUAUUGAUGGGAGUUUUAUGGGUGAUGGUGAGGGUAAUUUGGAGAAUGUACCUGAUUCGCGCAGCGCGAUAUUUAAGGACAGGAAAUUGAGUUUUACUGAGAAGAAUCAGUUGAUGAGAUUCUUUAAGAUGGUACAAGGGCAUCUUGGUGGUGGGGAGAGUGAGAGGAUAUCGGAGCAGGAUUUAGAGAGUUCGUUUGUGGAUUUUUUAAGCAAAAUGGGGCUCUCGAAAAAGCUAAAAUCGAUUAUUCUAUAUGCAAUAGCAAUGGCAGAUUAUGAUCAAGAGAUUGGGGAUUUGUCCAAAAGUGUUCUCAAGACAAAAGAUGGUAUCGAUCGGUUGGCCCUUUAUCACUCAUCCGUUGGCAGGUUUCCUAAUGCACCCGGUGCUAUGAUUUACCCCAUUUAUGGUCAAGGGGAACUUCCACAGGCCUUUUGUCGUCGUGCUGCAGUCAAAGGAUGCAUUUAUGUUCUUCGGAUGCCUGUUAAUUGUCUCCUUAUGGACAAGGCUAGUGGGAGUUACAAGGGUGUUUGCUUGGCUUCUGAACAAGAAUUGUUCAGCCAUAAGCUGAUAGUAGCUCCAUCUUUUGUGGUUGAAUCACCACCGCCUCAUUCUUCUCCUGAUGCUCUGCAAAAUGUAUGUGGUGAUUUUGGCUCGCGAAAUAUAACUGAGAAGCUGGUUAGGAGUAUAUGCAUCUCAAAGCACUCUUUGAAAUUGGAUGUAGCCAAUUGUCUGGCAUUUUUUCCUCCUCGAUCUCUCUUCCCUGAGCAGGUCACAGCAGUCCGUGCGCUUCAGUUGAGUAGCAAUGUAGCUGUUUGUCCCUCUGGAAUGUAUUUGACUUAUCUUUCAGCUAUAUGUGAUGACGAUGUUCAGGGGAAGAAGCUACUAAAUGCAGCCAUCAAUGUGCUAUUUCACAUUCCUGUUUCUGGAAGUUCUGGAAAUAAUGAUUCUGCUGAGGACCAAAGUGAAACUAGGGAUGCAAAACCUGCCUUACUUUGGAGUGUCUUGUAUACUCAAGAGCUUGCUAAGUUGCAGGAUGUACUAGAUAACAUCAUUUGUACCCCUACGCCAGAUGGGAGUCCAUAUUACCAUGAUCUUCUGGGUGCUACAGAAAAGAUAUUUCAAGAGCUGUAUUCUGGUGAAGAAUUCUUUCCCAAGUCAACCUCACCGGAGGAGGGUGCUGGCCAAGAGCUCGAGGACUAGACACCAGUAUUGACGUUGCUGGAUAUGUUUCCGUUUUAGCUGACAGAGGGGCGGCUAAAUAAUACAUUUUGCAUUGACAGUGUCAACAAGAAUAUCGUUGAAGUGGUUUCUGUCCCUAUAUGCCAAUAUUGAAGUGUUUAUACGAAAUACUUUGUUGUUGUAAGAGUAGCAUCUUUAGCCUUGUUACUUUGGCUAAAGAUUUUGUUUAUUGUUGCUAUUAGUUUUUGCGGUUGUUGAUUUGAGACUUCACGAAACUUGAGCUUUUACUAGGCAACUAUUUCCUAUCUUCAAAUUUGAAGUGAUAUCAACUAAUAGUAGUUCUCUUA